CGUCACGUGACGCGGCUCUUGUCUUGUUUACGGACGCUGAUGCGUUUCGUGCGCGGACCCCGCAGCCGGCCGCCGGUCGCCAAACCCCGCAGCGGAGCCGCAGGCAGCGCAGCGCGCUCCUCCCUGAUCUUCAUCGACUCGGCGUUCGGUGUUGGGUCUCUCCAUGCUCUGCUGCUGGUUUGAACUUCCUCGCGCUUCUCUCAGUUGAUCCGGAGGAGCCAGAGGGGAGCUGUGGGCUGGUUCAGCCGGGAGACCACCAGCAGCGAUGGACCGGGAAGACUCCCACAAGUCCAACGGCAGCGCCAGCCACCCCUUACAGCCCCAGGACCCCCCCAAGGAGAGCAUGCAGCUGAAGAAGGAGAUCUCUCUGCUGAACGGCGUCAGUCUGAUCGUGGGAAACAUGAUCGGCUCUGGAAUCUUCGUGUCUCCGAAGGGCGUGCUCAUCUACAGCGCCUCCUACGGGCUGUCGCUGGUCAUCUGGGCCAUUGGGGGCCUGUUCUCGGUGGUGGGGGCCCUCUGCUACGCGGAGCUCGGCACCACAAUCACCAAAUCGGGGGCGUCUUAUGCCUACAUCUUGGAGUCAUUCGGCGGCUUCAUCGCCUUCAUCCGUCUGUGGACGUCUCUGUUGAUCAUCGAACCCACCAGCCAGGCCGUCAUCGCCAUCACGUUCGCCAACUACCUGGUGCAGCCGCUCUUCCCCACGUGCGAGCCGCCGUAUGUGGCAUCCAGACUCAUCGCCGCCGCCUGCCUCUGCCUUCUCACCUUCAUCAACGCCGCCUACGUCAAGUGGGGCACGAGGGUGCAGGACAUCUUCACCUACGCUAAAGUGGCGGCGCUCAUUGUCAUCAUUGCCACUGGCAUCGUCAAGCUGUGUCAGGGCUACACAAGCAACUUUGAAUCGUCCUUCCAAGGGUCAUCCAAAGAUCCGGGUGACAUUGCGCUGGCCCUGUACUCUGCCCUCUUCUCGUACUCUGGCUGGGACACCCUGAACUUUGUAACAGAGGAAAUUAAAAACCCAGAGAGGAACCUUCCACUGGCCAUCGCCAUCUCCAUGCCUAUUGUCACAAUCAUCUACAUCCUCACCAACGUGGCCUACUACGCGGUUCUGGAUGUCAGUUCGAUAAUAGCCAGUGACGCAGUGGCCGUGGUGAGUAAACCAGCCUUAGAAGUGUUCAGCGUCAACCUGCAGGAUUCUUACUUUGUGUGUCAUGCUCAGACGUUUGCAGAUCACACUCUGGGCGUGAUGAGCUGGACCAUCCCCAUCGCCGUGGCUUUAUCCUGCUACGGGGGCCUCAAUGCCUCCAUCAUCGCUGCGUCCAGGUUGUUCUUUGUGGGAUCUCGUGAGGGUCACCUUCCCGAUGCUCUGUCCAUGAUCCACAUCCAGAGAUUCACGCCCAUCCCCGCCCUGAUCUUCAACUGUGUCAUGUCACUGGUGUACCUGACGGUGGAGGACGUCUUCCAGCUCAUCAACUACUACAGCUUCAGUUACUGGUUCUUCAUGGGUCUGUCCAUCGCUGGCCAGAUCUACCUCCGAGUGAAGGAACCGCUCAGACCCAGACCGCUGAAGUUGUCUUUGUUGUAUCCGGUGCUGUUCUGCAUGUGCACUGUGUUCCUGGUGGCCGUCCCCCUCUACAGCGACACCAUCAACUCCCUGAUCGGCAUCGCCAUCGCCCUGUCCGGCGUCCCCGUCUACUUCCUGGGGGUCCACCUGCCCGAGUCCAAGCGGCCACCGAUCAUCACCAAGCUGCUGCGUUCUCUGACUCACCUGACUCAGUACACCUGCUACUGCGUGCUCACAGAGAUGGACAACAGCCAGUAGCCCCGCCCACCACCCCUCAGGACUCUGAACACUGUACCUCAGGAGCCGAGCGCCACACUGCCUGUCAGACGUGUGCACGGACACCAACCGCACCGUCAGCUCCGUCCCCUUCUAUGCAUCCUGCCCACGUCACUGAGUGAAGCCCCGGGCUGGGAACCAAAGGGAAAGCAGCGGAUCUUUUCUGUCUGCUGCUGCUGGUUUCAGCUCGUUCUGUCUGUCAGGAGGGAAACAUUCAAAGUGUUUAGGCCUACGGGAAAAUCUUAUGCAGAGAAACUUUAACGAUGAGGUUGAGAAUAUAUAAAUAACUUUUAGAUCCACAAAUAAACUUUAUACUCUUUAAUCCUCAUCUUCAAUAUUUAUUUUCAAACAUUCUCCAGACUUAUUUUUUUCAACAUUUUGAUCCAAUUCUAAGAAUGUAAACUUGUUUUUUCUCAUCAACAUUUCUACUUCUGAUCACUCUGAAAAUGUUUUGUCUGUUUUGUUGACGCUUACAAAUCAGAUUUUAUUCACAGCGCACUCGGAUGUUUUUUUUUGUUGGACUCAGAAGAGAGAUCGGGCAGCACAGUGGACCAGCGGUUUGCACUCUCAGGAGAAUGGUGGUGCUUGUAUAUGCAGUUUGCAUGUUCUCCCUGUGCGUGAACGGCUUUCCGAGAUGAAUGUGAACAGGGGCGUUUCUCGCUCCUCUCGCACUUUCAACUACUUUUUUUGGAGACGAUUUUCGGACAGUGGAAGAAACUCACUGCAUUUACAUGUUUUCAAGUGAAAACGCAAAAUUGUCAUGAGUUUUCAGAACCUGUUCACACAGCAGUGGUCGGAUGUACUGAAAAUUAAACGAGAAACCAAGUAAAUAGAUCCUCUGCACAUGCUCAGUCGAUCGACAAAGUUUUCCUCCAGAGUGUCUUAACUCCUGGUCCAGAUUCUGCUGGACUUGGCAGAUAAUGUGUCUAGUUUCAUUACAAAAACAACCAAAGCACCAACUUGUGCCCUGGCCAACAUGGUUUACAGCAUUUCUGUGUAAACAGUUUACAAAAAUGCUGCUGUAUGAUGAUGCAACAUUUAAAUGAUGCAUUUUCAUUUGAAACAUGUAAACAGAGCCUGACAGUCUCAAUGAUCUUGAUGUGUUAAAGCCAUAUAGCUUUCGUCCACUGGGUGGCAGCAGGGAGUCAUUUGUCGUCCGACCAAUGCAUUUCUUAUUUGUUUGUUCCUUUUGAUUUCAGUCUGACAUUUGAGGACUUCACGCUGGAUCAGAUAUAUAAUGGACCCGCAGGAGCUACUUGGUUAGCAUGCUAACUCCUGCGCAAACAUUUGAAUGUCGUUCAUUGAGGUCUGAAUUACUGAAUUAAAAAAAUUCAACACUA